AUGAGCAGGAGGAGCGGAGGAGGAGGAGGAGGAAGAGGAGGAGAAGGAGGACGAGGACGAGGUGGAGGUGUCUGCUCGGCUCUGCUCUGGGAGGAGCUGCUCCGAACGAUGGUGCAACUUAUGCAACCGACAGCAAUAGUGGUUACGACGCGUGAAAACGUCGGCUCGGAGAGAAUGCCGCAUGUCAACACUGUAUUGGUGUCAUGCGUGUUUGUCUUCAUACGCGGAGCGCUCCGAAACUCUACACCCAUUGGAAAUGCAUCUCCCUACCCCUUGGCUUCCCGUUCCACACCCGCUCUCCUCAGCGUCGGCCUUGCCACCGUCUCCAAUCCUUGUUCGCUGCCGGUCUCUUUCCGCAGCAAGGCUGGCGGCAUGCCGCAACAAGAGGAGAACCGAAAUACGGGUAGCGACGGCGUGUGCCACAACAAGGUCGUCGCCACGGAUAUGCGGGUCCGCCAUCAAACGCAACCACGCGACAUAACACCGCGUUCUCUUCCCGUUCCGAUCAGCGGCUCGUCCUCCAACGGGUUUUACGUGGGCACCGUUCGGGAUCCUAGGCGUUAUAGUCUGGGUGCGAUGAUCAGAGCGAAUGAGAAAAAAGCCUUUGCCCCACGGCCGCGAAGGAGGGUCACCUCAUCGUCAAUAUCAAGUUCAUCUGACAAAGGGCUCAAAGAAGAAUGUGAAGAACUGGAGAAGGAAAAUUGCUGCGAUAGAGAAUUUACGACCUUCUUUUUUGAUGAGGAAAUGCAUUUGCUAGCGAACGAGAUAGCCAAAUCUGAUCGCCGUUACAGCUUGAUGUCGUUCGAGAAGUUGGGCACACCAAUCAUGGAGGAUGAGCCUAUUCGCAACUAUGAAGAUCUCGUUCCUGGCAGACAUCGUAGAAGCGGCAAUGAACGUGUACAUCCGAAUAACUUGUACACUGCAUUUUCGCGUUCAAAAAGAAAGCUGGAAAGAGACAUGCCAGCAUGGAUCGACAUGGACCCAUCGGGGAAGAAUGAUGAACUCAAGUACUGGCAGGAUCGAAUAAAUAAUGUCUACCAAAACGUCUCCAAGCCUUUUUUGCAUCGAGAUCGUGCCUUUCGCAGUCCAACUGUGAGUGUUGAGGGAUUCCAAUCGGAACCUGAACUCGAUUCUGCUGGCAGUGCACCGUCGCAAGGGCUGUGUGAGAUAAGCAGCGAAAUUUUCGGCUUUUCUGAUGCCGAUUCCGAUGUUGACUAA